UCGACAGUUGAUUUUUGAAAUAAAAAAUUUUCCAACUUUUUAACUGGAAGUCGGGAAACCAGAAUUGUUCUACAGUGAAUUUGAUUUGGUCUUUGUUACAGUGUUACUUAUCAUUUUGAAUUACCCCUGCCUCUGAAUCUGGUACAUAGUAUAAGUAUCUGUAAUCGUAUUUUUGACUUUCACAGAGGAAUCAGUUAGAGGGCUUUUAAUUUGAUGAAUGGUGCUGCUUGAUGGAGUCAAUAGCAGACCAUAAGUUUUUCGAGGAGAAACCCGCCGUUGUAUCCGAUCUGUGUCGGACGGAUGACACGAAGGACAACAGCAGAAAAGGCUCGUUUGACCGUGAAAUCGAAGACUUAUUGCUGUACCUUAAUGAUCUGCGGCAAUUUGUUUCCACCAGUUCAUGUUCCGGGCGGGUUAUUGUGUUUUCCCAGGGUGCGAUAGGUAAGGGAGCGUGCCAAUGGCAUUUUGUUGCCCACAGCGAAUAUACGCCUACGCUCUUGACAAGCUCCGUGGAAUCCCUGACGAAGAACCCAGCGUUUUUCGAGAAUGAUGUUUUUCUCAAAUUUGAACCAUUUAUUCUGCAUGUGCGGUGCGAAACACUGGCGGAUGCGCAGAAACUGCAUGCAAUCUCGGUUCAGUCUGGCUUCCGCAACUCCGGAAUUACCAUUCGGAAAAAAGGGAAAGAGGGAUUCGCAAUGCACGUGGCAGUCAGAUGUACCCAUAAUUUUGAAAUGCCACUCGUUUUGAAUGGAAAAUUGGUUACAAAUAGCGAGAGCCUCAUUAGCAUUGGAGAACUUUUAGCUCGGAAGAUGCAAAAGAAUAACGACUUGAUUGAUCGGUUUUUCCAUUCAUUAAAGAGCGCUUUUGAGAUUUCAAAGCCAGAUUCUGAUCCGGCUACUAUACAAUUCUUCUAAAAAAUGAUCUGGAAUACUAGCUAUGUAUCUGUAGUCUGUCAGUUGCGGUUGCUCGCAAUCGAAUUUUUCUCUCGGCUUGGACCAAGCAGACUUAGUCAGUUCCUUUCCAAAAAUUAUUAGCUUCGGUAUGGAUUGACAAGUUCAUGUGUUUUCUUCGGCAUUUGUAUAGCUUUGAUGUUUUGAAUAAAUAUAAAAGAGAUUGCCACAACGGCAAAGACAAGUU